UUAUACUCGGGUAGAGCCAGGACCUGUACAGUCCCGUUAUACUCGGUCAGAGCUAGGAGCGUUACAAUCCCGUUAUACUCGGGUAGAGCGAGGCGCCUCGAAUAGCGGUUUGAGGAAUGAGGCGGAAAAGGCGAGGAGAACAUGUACACAGGACUUCUCUAAACGCAAAUGCUUUGAUAUGGAAGAUGUGUUUGUUGCUGAGAUGGUGGAUUCCUGUACUAUUCCUGACAGAUCUCCCAUCAAGCUCAGCCAUCCAGGUCUCCUCUCGUGAAGACAAGAAGUAUGCCACGCUGUUCCAGUCGGUGGUCCUGCCGUGUCAAUACUCCAGCAUGUCCACCCAGACGCCUGUGGUCCAAUGGUGGUACAAGUCUUACUGCCGCGACCGCACCCGCGACGCCUUCAGCUUCCCGGAGGGCCUGGGGGUAAGGGGCUCCUCGUCCCAUCUAGACUGCUCCGAUUCUAGCCGCACCGUCCGCGUGGUGGCCUCCGUCACCGGAUCCUCCAUCACCCUGGCCGAGCACUACAAGGGCAGAGAUAUUACUAUCAUCAACAAGGCUGACCUGCGUAUCGGGGAGCUCCAGUGGGGAGACAGUGGGGUUUACCUGUGUAAGGUGAUCAUCUCUGACGACCUCGAGGGCAGGAAUGAGGCCCCUGUGGAGCUUCUGGUGUUGGGUAAGACAGGUACAGGUGUGUCAGAUGAUCUCCUGCCUGACUUUGAUGUGAAGAUUAUGCCAGAAUGGGCCUUUGUGGGCUCGGUUGCCCUGGGUAUUAUCCUGGUCAUCUUGCUGUUUGGUGUAUGUUGGUGCCAGUGCUGUCCUCACUCCUGCUGCUGUUAUGUGUCCUGUUGGUGCUGCCCUGAGACCUGCUGCUGCCCACGACACUGUAAGUUCUGCUGCUUCCACUGGGGAUCAUACACAUAUUACCAGCUGGAGGUGGAAUACCUGAAGUCUGAUGAAUGUCUACUUUUGAUGUCCGCUCCUCCUCUGUGUCAGAGAACAGUGCAGCUGGAGAGAACAGUGCAGCUGGAGGUGGGUACUGGGUCUGGUGGUCCCCAUGUCGCUCCCUCUGUGUCAGAGAACAGUGCAGCUGGAGAGAACAGUGCAGCUGGAGAGAACAGUGCAGCUGGGAGUCCGCUCCUCCCUCUGUGUGGGCUGGACUGGGUCUGGUGUUGUCUAUUGAUGUCCGCUCCUCCCUCUGUGUCAGAGAACAGUGCAGCUGGAGGUGGGUACUGGGUCUGGUGUUGUCUAUUGAUGUCCGCUCCUCCCUCUGUGUCAGAGAACAGUGCAGCUGGAGGUGGGUACUGGGUCUGGUGUUGUCUAUUGAUGUCCGCUCCUCCCUCUGUGUCAGAGAACAGUGCAGCUGGAGUGCGGCCUGUGUACCGGCUGCAGUCUACUCUGGAUCAGUCCUCUCUGGGUCGGGACUCUCUGAAGGUGUUGCAGCAUGUAGAGAAACAGCUGGCUCUUUUCCACCCGGCCAAGUCCCAGAACCACGACUCCUGCAGUAUCUCAGAGCUCAGUUCUCUCCAUGAGGUGGAUACAGGGGGUUUCCGUCAGUCUUACCGCCAGAUACAGAAGAAUGCCCUGCCAGCCAUCCCUGACCACGACCGUGACCUGGAAGACAUCCCUGACCUCCAUCAUCCCUCGUCCUCCUCUCAGACCCGUCGCCCCACACGCUACCAGCACCGCCGCAACCGCAGCAUUGAGGAGGACCAUCAUCAUGAUAAUAACAGCAGGUGGAACCCUCGUUCAGAGCACCUGCAGCGUAAGGCCUUCCUCCUGGGUGGGAAGUCAGGCUCUCUGGAUGAGCUGGAGGAGUUUUCCCAGUGCUACAGACAGAGAGGCCCCAGGGAGGAGCUCACUGUCAGGGACAUCAGAGACACCGACCAGGAGUACGAGAGACUGGAGCUGCGGGAACGAGAAGGUGACCGGGAUAGGGAUCGAGAUCGGGAAUACUGUCCACCUUCUUACCGGGACAAGACGACGAAACGUGGUUACCGUGACAACAGAGAUUGCGAUGACCGCGCAGAGACUUGGCGAGAACGAGAUCGCCAAGAGGAUUGCCAUGGAGAUCGUCAGGGAAACCGACAACGCAGUCCGCCACCCUCGCCCAAGAAGAGACGGGGCACGUGGGACAACGAGUUGGAGCAGCGACCCCCUAAACCCCCCGCCCCUCCUCCCCCUCCUCGCCAGAGCCCACGGGGCGGGACUACGAUGACGAACUCCUGAGCACUCUUUUGGAGCGCAAGACCAGACGGGGUGGGGCCAGUGACAGUGGAGGUGAUAGGGGGGGAGGGGGCGCAGCGAAGAGGACACGCCCUCAGACACACCUCUAAGGGUUCUAAGGGUUCUAAGGGUUCUAAGAAGAGCAGCGGCAGUGGCGGCGAGCGUCACCAUAGCCGUUGUCCUAGCAACAGGGAGGUGGAGUUGGUAUUAGACUCACGGGGAGAAGACUCUCUACCCCCGUACUGCCAGACUGCGUUAGAGCGGUUCAGAGCCGCUGAGCGCCCCUCCCCCUCCCCUCGCCCCUCCACCCAUUCUUCCCGCCCCUCCAACGGAGGCUCCACCCAUAGCCACGCCCAUACCCUACAGCAGGAGAGCGGAGAGGAGCGGGAUAAGCCCCGGAAAGUGAGCACUCUUCUUAGCAGAGAUUCUCUCAUAGUUUGAUGCCUGGAGAGGACACAUACAGACACUGGAAAAGACACUGGGAAUCAUCCUCCCCCCCCCCCCCAUCACCCCACCCUGGGGAUCAUCCUCUACCCCCCCAUCACCCCACACUGGGGAGGAGAGGGGUUCUCAGAGCACACUGGGCAAGCAGAGAACCCCAUGGAGAGGUCAGUGACCAGCAGAGGGAAUGGCUACCUCUGACUGACAGGCAGUACAACCACUGGACUGACCAUGGCACAGGACGUGGGACGGUCUGAUCAGGCUUCAGAUACACAUCAGUCACCAUGACCUAAGAAGAAGAGUAAUGUUCAGAGCUGUGACAAAGACCUCUGGAUGCACAGGACAAAUAGCACUGUGUGUGUGUGUAUUGGUGGAUGUGUGUAUUGGUGUGUGUGUGUGUGUGUGUGUGUGUGUGAGACGAAGUAUGGUGCUUAUUCCUGUCUGCUCUUUUGUGUGUCAGAGUGAAUAGUUUCUCCAUCUCCCUGUCUUCUCCAUUCUAUUCUCCUCUCUCACUAACAACACACACUGAAUGACGAUGUCAUUCCGGAGUUUCUGUCACUGCCACCUCUACACAGUGCAACGCUCUCUCUGUGAAGUCGCUGAAUGAUGAUGUCACUCUGGAGUUUCUGCCACUGCCUGCACCACCACCACUGCCCAGUCACGGUGGAAGGCCGCCGUUGAGACAACGUUUGGAUUCUGUAGUGUGAAUGGUGUGGAUCCCCCGUACCAUUGAGUUUUUCAGAGCCAUUGUAAAGCACCUGUUGGCCUUGUUUGGCCUUGACUCUGUGGAUAGAGGACACAGUGUUUCUUAAUCAUUGUGUUUAAUGCAAUGAUACAAUGUGGGUUAUACCCAGUAAGUUUGGACUAGAGGGUACUACUAACAGAGCCGGGGAGAGAAACUGGAACUUUAGGGACGGCAGGUAGCUUAGCGGUUAAGAGCGAAAGGUCGGUGGUUCAAAUCCUCGAGCCGACUAGGUGAAAAGAAAUGUGUUGAUGUGCCCUUGAGCAAGGCACUUAACCCUAAUCGCUCCUGUAAGUCGCUCUGGAUAAGAGCGUCUGCUAAAUGACGUAAAUGUACUGGGUUGUGAUUAUGUGCCAUCUAUCCUUCCAAGACUGUAUUUGGUUUAUAAUAGUUUUAUACAUAGUUUAUCAACUCUGCCUGUCUCUGUGUUAAAUCAUGUUGUGAUUACAAUGCAGUAAAUGAUUGUGCAAGUGGAACUGAAAGCACUUGUGGGUAUGUCUGUGUGUGUUUAAGAUAAGAUAACCAAGGUGUGUUUAGUUCUUAUCAUUGUUGUGUAAACCGCUAAACACACAACUUUAUCUCCACUCAUUAGCACUUACACACACUCAUUAGCACUUACACACACACACACACACACACACACACACACACACACACACACACACACACACACACACACACACACACACACACACACACACACACACACACACACACACACACACACACACACACACAGCUCUUUCUCACGCCUGCAAAACUUGUAGAAGGAUUCGUUACAAUUGUUCAUGUUUAGUGUUGUUUUUUUCCACUUCUUUCAGUGUAGUUAUUGUUCAUAGCUUUUGUUCUUUUCUAUGUUAUUUUCUUUCUAUGCUUGUUCUAUGUCAUCGUGUUCCUGUGUGUCAAUGAGACGGUUGUUUCACAGCCCAGCUCCCUGUCUGUCAAUGAGACGUUGUUUCACGGAGUUGAAGUCAUAGGCGACAGGCAACAAUGGCUUUGUCUAUUUAUGAUCAUCACCAACUGACUGUUACUCUAAGAGAUCUGGUAAUCACACACACACACACACACACACACACACACACACACACACACACACACACACACACACACACACACACACACACACACACACACACACACACACACACACACACACACACACACACACACACACAGUCUGAAAACAGACAGUAUCUUGGAAAGUCCAUGUUGGUGAACACUAAACGGCGGCAGGGUAGCCUAGUGGUUAGUGUUGGACUAGUAACCGAAACGUUGCAAGUUCAAAUCCCCGAGCUGACAAGGUACAAAUCUGUCGUUCUGCCCCUGAAAAGGCAGUUAACCCACUGUUCCUAGGCCGUCAUUGAAAAUAAGAAUUUGUUCUUAACUGACUUGCCUAGUUAAAUAAAGGUUAAAUAAAUAAACACUUAAGUUGUAUUUCUCCUUUAGGUUACCUUGUUAUAAUAACUUAUACAAUAACACUUACCAUCCGUUACAAACUAAUGCCUAAUGAACUAUUUAUUAUUUAACUCCAGAGACGCAGUUUAACCACAGCAUUUACCUCAAAUACUGUUGACCAGACAGCUUCAAUCUCAUUCAAUAAAGUCUACUUAAUCUACA